CUUAAAAUAAGAAAGAAUUGUUUGCCAACCACGUAUAGUCAAACUAUUCUCACAUGAUUACCCCUUCCAAUUCUCCAGUGUAAUACUUUUGCAAUAACUUUCCUGCUUUUAAUAAGACUUCUCUAUCUUCUAGACAGAUUGGUAGCUUCUGUAUGUAAUGUAAACUAUCUGUUAAAUUUAUUUUUAACUUCUUAAAUUUCAAUAUGUAUAAUGUUAAAUUCAUGUAUAGUUUAUAAAUUUCGGGUUGACCGAGUUUGACUUUGUCAUGUUUCUUGCUAUUAUACUAGGCAAAGAUUUGAGUUCUAAAAAUGGACCAUGAAGAGGUAUGGCUAAGUUUGGUCAUGUUUCUCGCUAUUAUAGUUUGUGGCUUUGUGCUUCAAAAUUGUAUGAAUGUGAUAGGAUCAAUUUUUAGUUUAUACACUUAUUUGAUGUGUUUCCUUUUUUCGGUAAUUUCGGUUUUGUUGUUGAUAUUAUCUGUUGGUCUGUGACAGUGUAAAAGAAGCGUUCAGUUGCUUGACUUGAAUUCAUAGAGGAUAGCUAGCAUCACGAUUCACGGGAGAGGAGAUAAUAAUGCACUCUGAGCCUUUGCAGUUUGAGUGCAGUAACAUGAGGCAUAUAACUCAGGGAGAAGAUACAAUCUGUCAUCAAUUGUAGAGUGCAUGCAUGGAGAAAAAUUGAAAGUUUUUGCAAGAUAAGAGCAUGUGUCAGUGUCAGAUGCAGGUAUUUGUAAAUGUGUCACAUCCCAGAUUUCCAGCUAUCCCUAUCUGUACGCAGUCGGUUGUUGUGUCACAUCCAUCAUUAGUAUGUAUAUUUUUAGUACUCUGAGCCUUUUUGUACAGUGGUUUACAUAUGUUGGCGACAAUAAUGUACUUAUCCGAGGGAAAAGUGUACAAUCUGUCAUCAAUGACUUGCGAGAGAAAGGAUAUAUGGAACACAGGUAAAAUCUCAUGUUCACUUAGUUUGCAUAUUUUUGUCUCCAUUCUUUUGUUGAAACAUUACCAGAGAAGAUGCCGUAUUAGGGCCCCCUGCUGCAACGAGAUUUUUCACUGUCGCCAUUGUCAUAAUGAGGCAAAGGAUGAUAUCAGGAUUGUUCCGAAGCUUAGACAUGACAUUCCCCGUCAUCAAGUUAAACAGGUUCAGCAAAACUGCAUUAAUUGUGGAGUUUGUAUGGGCAAGUACUUUUGCGGGACAUGCAAGCUUUUUGAUGACGAUGUAUCUAAGAAACAAUACCAUUGCGGCGGCUGUGGAAUUUGCAGAACCGGAGGAUCUGAAAAUUACUUCCACUGCGACAAGUGUGUCACGCUUGUGUGGAGAAGGCAAUGCAUCAUGAUUGUCCUGUUUGUUUUGAGGUUAAAUUUUGUCUUUGUUAAUUUUGUAAUGUGCUCCUAUUGGUCUAUUAAAAGGGUUAAUAGUCAAAAUGGUCCACAUUCUUAUCAAUUUGGUCCUCAAAAAAUGAAACGUCUCCAAUUAGUCUUUUGCUAAUUAGAUUUUUGUCCAAAUAUGAUUAUGCCGCAUGUCAUCAUCUAAUUGAUAGAAGGCUCAAUCAUAUUUACAAUUAUAUCUUUUAUGAACCAAUGAGACAUUUGAUCUUUCAAUCACCAAAUUUUGACGCACACUUCUCAGAAACUAUUUUGACAAUUAACCCAUUUAUUAAAAUUUGAUAUUUUCUUUCCGGAAGUCGAUCAAUUUGAUAUUUUGACGCACUCAGUGUAAAAGUGUAAAACUCACCUGAAGCCAAAUAACUUGGUGUAAUACACAUCUUGAUCAAUAUUAACAAAAAUUAGCCCACAAAAAUUACUCAACAAUCUUCAAACAUAUUUAUUAUUUAUAAAUAAUUUUGUGUAGGGAGUGAAUUAUUUUAAUUAAAAAAUGCAUUUGAUCAUGU